ACCCGCAGAAUGAAGCUCAUCGCAGUGACUCUGAUCGUCGCCCUCGUGGCCGCCGCCCAAGGAGCCAAGCUCUCCGACAAGCUGGCCAAGAUCGUGCCCAGCUUCGCCACCGGGUUCGUGAUCAACGGCACCGAGGCCGCGCCCCACUCCGCCCCCUACAUCGUGUCCCUGGCCACCAACCCCGCCAAGCACUCGCACAUCUGCGGAGGCACCAUUGUCAGCAAGGACUGGGUGGUGACCGCCGCCCACUGCAUCUCGAACCCCGUGGGCAUGAGCGUCAUCGUCGGCCUGCACACCCGCGCCGAGGUGGACGAGCUGACCCAGCAGCGCGAGGUCGACUUCGGCCGCGUCCACGAGAAGUACUCCGGCGGAGUGGGCCCCUACGACAUCGCCCUGCUGCACGUGAGCGAGCCCUUCGAGUUCAACGAGUGGGUGCAGGCCGCCACGCUGCCCAGCCGCGAGCAGGUGCACGAGGGCGAGACCCAUCUGUACGGGUGGGGCCAGCCCAAGUCGUACAUCUUCACCGCCGCCAAGACCCUGCAGACCGUGACCACCGAGAUCGUCAACUUCGACGAGUGCAAGGAGGCCCUGCCCGCGGACGCCCCCCUGGCCGAAAGCAACAUCUGCUCCUCCUCGCUCCAGCAGAGCAAGUCCGCCUGCAACGGCGACUCCGGCGGCCCCCUGGUCGUCGAGUUCGAGAACGCCCCCUCCGAGCUGAUCGGCAUCGUCUCCUGGGGCUACAUCCCCUGCGGCCUGGCCAACCUGCCCUCCGUCUACACCAGGGUCUCCAGCUACGUCGACUGGAUCGUCGACAUCCAGAGCGCCUACUACAAGCUCGCGCCAGCCGAUCGCCAGUCGAACAAACCCAACAAACCCAGCAGAGAACGCAAGAUGAGACAAUUCGUGGUCCUACUCGCACUGGUCCUGGCCGCAGCCUCGGCCUCGGCCAACCUGAUCCCCCGGGCGGCUUUCCCCGAGGGCCGCAUCAUCAACGGCCAGGAGGCGACGGCGGGCGAGGCGCCCUACAUCGUGUCCCUGCAGAACACCGCCGGCUCGCACUUCUGCGCCGCCAGCCUGAUCGACGAGUGCACCCUCCUGACCGCCGCCCACUGCCUGACCAGCAGCCAGGGACAGGCGGUGGCCGGUGCCCACAGCCGCACGAGCACGGAGAACACCCAGGUGCGCAAGUUCACCAGCGCCCAGUACGUCGUCCACGAGAAGUACAGCGGCGGCGUGGGGCCCAACGACAUCGGCCUGAUCCUGCUGAGCGGGGCGGACUGCUUCGACCUGAACACGGUGGCCCGCGACGGCAGCAACCCGGUGGCUGCGGUCGCCCUGCCCUCCAAGACGUUCUCGGGCACCGGCGCCGGACGCCUGUACGGCUGGGGUCGCGACAACUCCGGAGCGCUGCCCACGCUCCUCCAGAAGCUGGACGUGGAUAUCAUCGGCUACGAUGAGUGCAGGACCGCCCUGCCCUCGAACAGCGCCCUGGCGGAGAGCAACGUGUGCACCUACAGCGAGGGCAAGGCCGACGGAGCCUGCAACGGCGACAGCGGCGGCCCGCUGGUCCUCACCUCCGAGAGCGGCGUCACCGAGCAGGUCGGAAUCGUCUCCUGGGGCUACACCCCCUGCGCCACCACCAAGUACCCCUCCGUCUACACCAGUACGGCUUCCCACCGGUCCUGGAUCAACGAGAACAGCAAGCGCGAAUAGUCGCUGGACGAUGGGAACAGAACAUGUAUAUACUCACUAAAUAAACGAACAUUGCAAACCGAGA